CCAGUAACAGGCAGAGGAUGAACAAUAAAAAAGAGAGGCAUUGUUCUAGAGCAUCAUUUCUCUGCCCAUCUGAGCACCGCAAGGUUGAAACGCCAUUGUAAAGAUGCCUGUGCAAGAGAAAAAGUCCAAGAUCUCUGCAUCUCGCAAGCUGAUGCUUAAGAGUCUUAUGGUAGCUAAAGCAAAGGAUGAAUUAGAGCAGGAGCUGGCAGAUAAAGAAGCAGAGAAGGAGAGAUAUCUGGCUGAGAACGCUCCUCUGCUACAGAUGAGUGGCAUGUCUUUAGCUGAGCUUCAGGAGCUGUGUCGGGAACUACACGCUAAAAUCAGUGUGGUGGACGAGGAGCGCUACGAUAUCGAGGCUAAAGUGUUUCACAACACAAGAGAGAUCAAGGACCUGAACAUCAAAGUCCUGGACCUGAGAGGCAAAUUUAAGCGACCCACCCUUAGGAGAGUCCGAGUCUCCGCUGACGCCAUCCUGCGCUCUCUGCUGGGCUCCAAACACAAGGUGUCCAUGGACCUGAGAGCAAACCUCAAGUCCGUCAAGAAGGAAGACACAGAGAAGGAAAAGACAGUGGAGGUCAGUGACUGGAGGAAAAACGUGGAGGCCAUGUCUGGAAUGGAAGGAAGAAAGAAAAUGUUUGAUGCAGCACAGUAAACAAGUGAACAUAAUCAAUAUCUGCUGUAAAUAAAUAUCAUGAUUUGUCAUUUCAUGUGAAUGUUUGUAAUAGACAAAUGUUUGGUAAGGACUAAAGCUGAGGAGAAAGUGACUAAUAAAACGGAAAUAAACUGGAAAAUUCAGUUCCUGGUAAAAACAAAAACAAAAA